UGAUCAGAGUCUCCAAAUCUCGAAUACUACAAAGACGGUAAAACGGAGACUGUUUGCGAUUGACAAUAGUUCUUAAAAACUAACAGCUUAGUCAAUAUUAAAGGUGAUCAAAAUGUACAAGGUGGACAUCCCAAUCAAUGACAAAGAGUCUGCAGCUUUGGAAAGGCAGAAGAACCUUGAGCUGCAGAGACAGAGCAGGAUUUUCAAUCCAAGAGUCCGAACAAUUGGAGUAGAUGUUACUGCACUUGAUCAGCAAGUGCAGGAACGCAAGCAACGUGAGGAGGAAGAGCGAAACCGGGAUAUCGCUUUUGAUGAACUCCGUAUUUUAGAAGCCCAGGCUUUGAAAGAGCUUGAAAUAAAGGAGGAAUUGAAUAAAAAGGAACUGGAGAAAGACAUUGUCAAGUUCAGGAAUACAUUUCAACGGCGAGAAGAUGGACGGGACUUUGACCUCAAUGACUUUCGAGGUCAUCACAUGGAGCCUCCAGCUAGAAUUUCUGACACAGACCCUCGGUGUGGACCAUCAGGGUUGCAGAUAUUUGAGGGUGAAGACCUUAGAGAAAAGAUUAGGACAAAAGUACAGAAAGAAGAGAAUGAACGGAUUUUGAGCCUGCAGAAAGAGAACAAUGAGUGGAAGAAAGCUGCUCAGAAAUAUGCAGAUCACAUGUCUGAUAGGAAGCUGAUUGACCUGGAUAUGCGUGCGUUACACCUGUCUCAGCUUGAAGAGGAGUUCAAAAAAGCUAUUAAUAUGUCGCUGGCUGACUACAAUAAAGCUUUGGCACAAGAGUCUUCUGAGCGGCAAAGGAUAGAAAAUGAAAAGGAGCAAGAAAUUAAUCUGAUGGAUAUCUGGGGCCAGCUGACCUCGGAUCUACUGACAGAAAAUCCAGAAGCUGCCAGACAAAGUCUUUGGGGGCAUCAUCGGAUCCUGGUGGACCGCUGGAAGGGCAUGAGUCCUGAGGAACGUGAGGAAAUUGAGAGGCAGCGAAGGGAGCAGGUUGCAGAGAAAAAGCGCUUGAAUGCUGAGGCAAACGAAUCUGCUGCAGAAUGGGACAGGCAGAGCGUGUUGGUAACAACUAUAGGAGAGCAGCUCCAAAAGAAACAGGAAGAGAAAGUGAAAGAGCUGAGGGGAAAAUUGGAUCGAUACAACCAGCAGCUAGCAAGAGAGCAGCAAUCCCAUCAAAGAUUUCUUGACAAGGAACUCUACAAGAAUGAACCUACAGCCCAGUACUUUGCACAGUUCAACACCACUUCUCGCUGAACCAGAACCCAGUACCUCCAUAUCUGAUCUCCUAGUUCUCUAAACUCAAUACCUCAAGUGCACUUCAUGUUUCUGAAAACUUGUAUAAUGCUGUUUAUAAAACAAAUUUGCUCUACCUCCCAAAUGGCUGAUUUAUAAGAGGGCCUUUUCAUCAUGAAUCCUGUUUUAGUAGUAGUAAAUGGAAACGUUAUCUCUUUUUAAAAACAUAUUAGAGACACUUUAUUUCAAGGCACUGUAUAUAUAAGAUAAAUAAACUAAUCGAAUGACAAAAUUCUAAGAACAUUUGCCCAAUGCAAAUUUUUCAAGUAUGAUGGACCAUUCAUUAUUUAUAUCAUGCAACCCCAUUCUGUAAUUAGUAUUACAUGCUACAAAGUGCUUAAUAAUAUUACUGGAGAAAUGAAAGAAUCUAUAGAAACUAUAAUACAAAAUCAGUAUACUACAUGAGUACUAUGAUGAGCCAGGAUUAGGAUUAGAAGUGUGCACAACUUCCUAAUAAUGAAAGCAGUAAUAUGUAAACAAUUGUAUUUUCGUAUCUCUUGUAAUAGUAUUCACUAUAAAAAAAAUAUAUAAGGA